AUGUCUGCACCCAUGGGCCCUAUCCUUCAACAGAUCGCAACUCUCCCUGCCCGCUCGAGACAGGGUCUGAGUAACCUUCGUCAACGUCUAUUCCAACAAGGAGAGAGACAGCCUAAGGAGGCCAACCUCCUGCGAACGUCCCUUAAUGUCCAUCGUCCGGUUUGGGUCACUGCUGGCGGUGGCAUGUACACCAGCAUGGCCGCCGUUUAUCUCACCUUGCGAUACCUCAAGCGUGUGGCUCGCUAG